GCUUAAUCACUAGCUAAAAAAAAAAGUUCAUCAAAAAAUUUCAAACUUAGAGAGAGAAAAACAAGCUCAAUGAAGUCAAGCAUUCUAGCAAUGGCGCUAACAUGCGCCUUGGUGAUGGUUAUGGUGCCUCAUGUAUUUGCUAAACGUUACAUUGUUGGAGGAAAUAAGGGUUGGACUUCCAAUGUUAAUUACACUGUUUGGGCUAGUGAUAAGCACUUUUACCUUGGAGAUUGGCUAUUUUUUGUGUAUGACCGGAACCAGAUGGAUGUCCUUGAGGUGAACAAGACUAACUAUGAAAACUGCAACACCGAUCACCCUAUGGCAAACUGGACUACAGGAGCUGGAAGGGAUGUGGUUCCACUUAAUGUAACCAGACACCGCUACUUCGUCAGUGGAAAAGGAUUCUGUUUUGGUGGCAUGAAGUUGUCUGUCAGAAUCGAGAAGCCCCCUCCACCGCCUAAAGCAGCCCCCGUUAAGAGUGAUGCUCCAAGGAUGUCUUACCGAUCCCACUUUGUUUUGCCUCUAGUAUUUGCCAUUGGUGCUGUUUGGGAUUCCUUCCUCCGGGUCAUGGGUUAAUCUUAUCAUGUUGCCAAAUGUCGUACAUUUACUCGUAGAAGAUAACUUAUUUGAUCAAACUAAAGAUUUUUUUUUUCUUCACAAGUAUCUUAAAUCUCAUUUCCAUUUAGCCUUUAUUUAGUGUUUGAAAGAUUGCUGUAUUUCUUGAUUUAUUGAAACCGAAUUUGUUUGUGAAAUUAAAAAUUGCCCAAGGCAGUUUGAUUACAUUAUCUUUAUGAGAAAUUUUACA